UAGAAAAUAUAGCAGAAGAAAAGUGUUGAGAGAAUCAUCAAAAAAGCCGAUGUCGAUUCUGUGGGAGAAGAGUGGAACAUGGCGGUGGUUAGUGAGGAGAACGAAGGAAUCGAAGCCGUUCUUCAUCGGAUUCGCCACCGUUUGCGGCGUCAUUCCGGGGAUUAUUGGUUUCUGCGUUAUGUCAGCCACCAAUACUCGCAGUCCUGAACUUGAAGCCCAACUACGGAAGAACGCUCGUCCAGAAUCCCUAAUGAUGGGUAAAGUUAAUAAAGAGAGGUUGGCUGAGUACCUUGGCGAACUGCAGAGAAAGGAGAACACAAAUGACAGAUAUGUUGCAGCUCUAAAGGGCGAAACGUUGACAAGGAAACCUUACCAAAGAAUUCAACCAGUCCCAAAUCCAAGUGAUAUUGAAGCAAAGAAGGAACAGAAGUAGAUCGUGGCUUAACCGGUUUUGUUGAUUUAGUUUGGUACUUCUACUUUUUCCAAUGGAUAAAGCUUUGGAAUGGAAUCAUGGACACAACUGGAGUUAUUGCUAUAUAUCUUUGAAACUUGUACAAGUAAAAUUUGAAGAACGACUGUUGUCGAAUGAGUGAAAUCUCAUUGAAGUUAAAAUAACCACAUCUUAGUUCUAGCGCGAGUAAUCUUGUUUACUUGCAUUGCGAUAUUGUGUUAUGCGUGCAAGGAUUUGUUGUACUUGAUUACUAUAUAGUAUGAAAGUGCACGAUUUAAGUGAAUAUUUUCUUAUGUAAACCAAAAUUUUGAAA